GAAGGGACCUCCCGCGGUGACGAAACAGCACGAACACAGCGCCCGCGCCGCCCGCAACAGCUGAGGCCGGGCCCAAUUUUAGGUUCCUUCAGGGUCUGGCUAAGAGAGUCGGCCUACCUGACGGCCCAAUCCCGCCACCAAACCGGAACAACACCUGCGGAAGACUGCAUUAGUAACCCGUCUCAGUCGCCCAGGUGUUGGCCGUGCUUACGGGCCCGCCGUCCUGUCUGAUUCCGGAGGGGCACGGCGCUAACGUCAGAGGAAGGGGCCUCAAGUCCUUCUCUUCUUUAAUACCCGUCGCAAGCCCCCCGACCCUAGCCGUUCCCGUCUCCCCUCUGCCCUCUGGGUGAGCCGUGCGUGACAUCUCAUCAGUGAUAUCGAGCAUCGGUGCUCAUUUGUGUGUGUGUGUGUCUUAUUCUUUCUGCUCUGUCCUUAAGUUUUGUCGCUUUUUUUUAUUGUUGCUGUUCUGCUGUUCAUAUGACCCGAGUCGCUGGUUCGAUUCUCAUCUUACCUGCACUUACACCCGUCUUUGCUCGAUCCGAUUAUAUCCACACACCUCAUCUCACCGCACACCUCAUCUCACCACACACCUCAUCUCACCACACACCUCACAUCUCAUACCACACCUCACCACCACACCGUGAUGUUCCAGACUGUGCCCCUGAAGCGCAGUCUCUCGCGCUCCGUCAUCAACCUCAUCAGACGCACCCUGCCCCUGGUCAAGAGCAGACGACGCACCUGGACGACAAACGCCAAAACGAGAGCCCCAAUCGACGCGUGACAUGCAGGAAACAGACUGGGCGGCCGCUCACCCGCCGCCUGUGGACACCUCGUCGGGGUGCUUCUGGAUGGUGGCUGGCGCACACCGUCAUCGGCUCGCCCGCUUCUCUUCAUCCUUUUUUUUUUCGAUUCUUCAUCUCGUCUGUCGCUAUAUCUACCUGUCUAGCCAAGAAACUGACACCUGAGCGUUUCAAGAAAGAAAGAAAAGGCUGAUGGCGCUGCUGCAUCGACAUGUCCCGGGCUCAAGGCCUGACUGAGUCUGAAUGCACACUUUGCGCCAGCCGGCCUCUCGCUUGUUUUGCGGCCUCUUGAGAGCCGUGGGUUUCUUUUGGUUCUCUUAUCUUCUCU